UACGCAAUGGACCAUCACGGUAACCUAGAAUUCAACAUGGCGGAAAAGUCGGCGGACAACGUUCAUGACGUGGGUUCAAAAGACGGUGAUGAAACUGAAAGAGACGGCAAGAUGGGAGUGGACUUGGAUUCAAUGUUUGACCGGUACUUGGACGAAGCUGCGUCACACCCCAAGUAUGCUAACAAGAAAAAGGAUGGCUGUUUACAAAAGGAAAACGAAGAAUUCUUGAAAAACUGGGAAAAGGAGAUUGACAAGAUUCCUGCAUUCAUGAACGAGAUACCAGACGAUGCAGAGGAUAACAGUCUAGUAGCAGCUCUGCAGGCUAUCAAGUAUGACCAAGAUGAUCCUCCUGAAGAGCAGGCAAGAGUUCACAAAGAAGACGGCAACCAGUGGUUCAAGAAGAAAAAGUACAAAGUUGCAAUUACGGCAUAUACUGAAGGCCUGAAGCAGAACUUUGAGGACAGCGAGCUGCGAGCUGUGCUGUAUGCCAACAGAGCAGCAGCCAACUUCCACCUGGGUAAUUACCGUUCUUCCGCCAACGAUGCCACCGAGGCAGUCAAACACAAUCCUGCUCACAUGAAGGCGUUGAUUCGAGCAGCCGAAUGCUGUAUUAAACUGGAAGACUACGAUGAAGCCAUAACGUGGUGUGAUAAGGCACUGAAAAUUACUCCAGACGAUAAAAAGGUCCUGGAACUGAGACUAGCAGCCAUUAAACAACAGAAACUUUGGGAGAGGAACAAGAGGAAACGAAAAGCUGAAGAAAAGGCGGCACAUGCGAGAAGAUUGAAGAUUGUAGAAGCUAUCAAAAGUCGGAACAUACAAUAUGGUCAGUUCAGCAAUGACGACCCAAAGGCCAAGUCCCAAGACCAGCUGAUCCUGGAAGCGGUCAGCAGCCAGCACCCAGCAGGUGCUGCCGUCACUCUAGACGAGUCCGGAAAUCUGACCUGGCCGGUGACCUUUCUCUACCCGGAGUUUGGCCAGAGUGACUUUGUCCAAGCAUUUCACGAAGACUCCAUUUUCUCAGACCACUUACAAAUCCUAUUCGAAGAGUCUGCUCCUUGGGAUAAGGGUGGCAUGUACAAGCCCCACACUGUGCAGAUCUACUUCCAUCCUUCAGAAGGCACUCAACUUGUUGAGGUCACCCCAGACUCCACGCUCAGAGCUACUCUGCAAGAUCCAAGGUAUUUGGUGGCCAAGGAUCCACUUUUUGUCAUCUUACCGAAAAACAGCCUCUUUGCAGAGAGCUACCUAAAGCAAUACACAAGUCUUCACUGACAAUGAGUUUAGCCAAUAACUGCAUGUCAGUGAGACUGGUCGAUGCAUUUGCUCGCUGGGCCAAUCAUGGGGAUUUAUGGAGCCCAGCGUGGACCUGUGAAGGCACAGAUCACGACAUCUUCUUCUCACCCUUGCAAAUCAGUUGCCUUAACACCACAGAGGAAAGCAGGAGCACCACUACAGUAAGGCCGCCACUUUCUUGAAGGCUCGUAGGCUGUUGGCUUCGUACAUUCUCCAAUGAGGGCGCUCUUUGGCCAAGUUACAAGAGCAUUGACAUGGACAUCUUAGUUGCUCCUGUUCCAUUCCUUGUCUGAGCAUAAAGGGAGGCGAGUGCAGUUGCAAAUACUGUGGAAGAGGCACGCAGGUCAAUUAGGUUUUUGCCUUAUACCAUGACAAGUGGCUUUUUUCAUAGAACAAUGAGGUACCAAAUAUUGGAGGCCAGUAGGGUUGGAGAUGGAGAAAGUUAAUGCCACUUUCCAGGAGCAUCUCAAAAACUUCCUUAUUCAAGAAUGCUCUCUUCUGGGUUGCCAUGUCGCAUGGGUGGCCUUGUUUCUUAAAGGCUCAGGAGAAUAUUGUACCAAGUACCCAGAUGGGUAAAGGGGGAACCAAAAGGUGAUGGGGCAUUAGGGUACUGUACCUGUUUUGGUACCCACUGUUUUGCAAGUAACACUGGGUUCCUGGGUGGCCAUGGCUCAUUGGUGCCUAGGAGAACGUUGUACCUAAAUAGGGUGAAGGGGGGAAUAACAGGAUGAUGGAACAUAAUGGGUACCUAUUUUGGUACCCACUGCUGUCCACCUUUCCAUGCGCUCCUGACGAUAUUGGCAUUACCAUUUGUUAUCUUUUGCCCCUUGGACAACAGCACUAUGACUCUUAAGACUAUGGUCCAACCCACAUUCCCAGGACAAAAUACCCCAACUUAAUCAUCAGCACAAAUCUUACAUAGUGGAAACUUUCAUGUGCAUAAAUUGGCAGUUGUUUUGAAGCAUGCAAACUGCUCCCAUCACUACCGUACUUCAUUUGUUUAAUUUGCUCUCCAAGCAACAAAGGUAAUAACCUACUACGCUGUACUUGCGUUUCAAUAUAAUCCUAUUUUAACAACUCGACAAACCUAUGAGUAUAUUGUACAUGUAAAUUGUGUUAAUAUAUAACGUACAAAAUAAACUAUUACAGUAUGUAA